CCACGUCACUGUCUGGAGACGCCGCUACAUGUGUGUUAAUGUUGUUGUUGAGUUAGGGGCGUCUGACGCUUGUAUAACUGUUUAAGGUGGUCGUAUUCUUAUUAUUUCUGAAACUGACUCAUCGUGGACAAUGCUGACAGCGGAGGGGCUAUCAUGUUUUCCUCGCCAGAUGUGGGAUAAGGUGCUAUCGAAGGUGAAGAAUGCGGUCAUUUUCAUUGAUGACAGGUGCGCCGAGAGCCUUCACUGGGUCGGAGGUGCGACUGUUUUUCUCGAUGCCGGCGCUCGCAAUUUGAAACAAUUCUCCAGCUUCGAAGCCGGCGGUGAAAACGAGCCGAAAGCUGUGUUUGUUGUGAGCACCUUGCUGAAAGGACGAACGGCUGAUAUCAUUAAAGAUAUCAUCUCGCUCAGUCAUUUUCAGUACUGUAUCGUCUUCACUGCUGUAGCGCACUCCAUACACCUACUGGCCAAUAAUGUCAGCACUGAAUUGGAGGGCAGUCCCGUAUUCGAACAGUUUGAAGAGAAACUGUGCGAGUGGAUGGGAGACAUGAACUUUACUGCAGAGGUUAUGUACGUUCCCCUGUCUUUCGCACCUGUGUCCCCUCAGUUACUUCUUGCCCCUGCUUUUGGCGACCUCUUUCCACUACAUUAUGGGGACUUGGAGUCCAUUAACAGAAAUCGGCCUGAGAAGAAGAAGUUUGGCCACCUCUCCGAGGUUGACGUUCAUUCUCUAAGCCCAGACCUGCAGAUUGAGAUUAAAUCCUUGGUGUCUGCACUCAACUCCAUGUUUGAGUUCACCAACACGCGGGAGGAAUGCUUUGCUGUGGGACCCUUGAGCCGUAUUAUUGCUGGGGAGCUGGCGAACUACCCCCAAGCCAAAAACAGACGAAAGAUUGCCCCAAACAAAGCAUCCAUUGUUUUCAUCGAUAGGAACCUGGAUUUGGCAGGAGCUGUUGGUCACCACGGUGACAGUCUAGUGGAGAAGAUCUUGUCUACGCUGCAGCCACUAACAGGACACAGAAAUGACAUCCAGGUGGACAUGGUGGAGCUCACAGGUCUUCCAGCCACACCAGAGAAUCGGAGCAUGGUGGCGCCAGGCUGCCUAGCACAGCCACAGGACUCUGCCGUCCGCGCUCUCUGGGAUGCCAUGCUCACCUGGAAACAGAAGGAGGCGGUGAUGGAGGUACGCAGGCACCUGGUUGAAGCUGCCAGCAAAGAGAAGCUGCCAAUCAAGAUGAGUCUGGGUCGUGUGACAGCAGAGCAGCUGUCCUCCUACGUUCAGCUCUUCAAAAGCAGCCAGGAGGCCCUCGAUCGCCACUGGGGCCUCCUUCAGUUGGCCCUUGCUACCACUCAGACCCUGCGCCAUCCCACCCUGGCCAGGUGGGACGCCUGCCUGGCCUUCGAAAGACUGCUGCUGCAGGCCCUGGGAGACUCAGACCGGACCGCGGUGCUGAAGCAGGUGUCCUCCCUGGCAGACCCUGCUGCCACAGAGACCCAGGACAGGUUUAGCCUGGAGGAGCUGCUGGUGCUGCUGGUGUAUGUGUACGCACUGGGCCAAGGGGCGGAGCAGAAGGGGAAGAAGGGGGCGGAGCAGCAGGUGGAGCAUGAGUUGAUUGGUGUGUUGACCCUUGCCCUCAGCCGUGAGAAGGAGUUGUCCCCGCUGCUACAGAAACUCACAGGUUGCCCGCCCACUGCGCCGCUGACCACGCAGAAGGCCCGCAUCGCCAUGGAGAGGGUGUUUGGCGUGCUGAGAGACCUGGGACACGCCCGCGACCACCUGAAGCAGCUCCGCUCCAUCUACCAAGGCGGGGAUGGCGUGCACCAGGCUACCUACAGACCCUUCUUGAAGCAGGUCCUGGACGAUAUCUACCACCCCGACCGGCCUGACUGCGUCGACAUCGAGCACAUGUCCUCCGGCCUGACUGACUUGCUGAAGACAGGGUUCAGCAUGUUCCUGAAGGUGAGUCGGCCACACCCCGGUGACCACGCCCUGCUUGUCCUCUUCGUGGUGGGCGGUGUGACUCCCUCUGAGCUCCGCCUUGUCCGGGAAGCGAUCUCCGCCCACAAGCCGGGUGCGCAGGUUCUGAUUCUGUCCACAAGGCUGCUGAGAGCCUCAGAUAUCCUGGAGUUGCUCUUCACCACGGACCACCUACACCCCGACAUUGGAGUAUGACAGCAGCCAGGACACGGACCACGUUCUACAAAGUUCAGUCAAUCACAUGGGCACGGUUUUAUCGAUUUAAAUGCAUACACAUGUGCAUAUACAAAUACCAACAUAAAAUCACACAAACAGGGUGUGGUCAGACCUGCUGUCAGUCUUGGGCGCAAAAGCAUCAGUUUGUACAGAACUUGAGGACUUGGGCUAGUUCUGAACCUUCUGGAAACUCUUCCGUCUGUGGGAAUUCCUGAUACCUGACAUCUGUAUGUGGCUUGAGAUCCAACAUCGAAAGCCAGAGCUACUGUCCGUGGCAUGCAUCCCGGCUGUCUCCGGACCAGGUUUAUUAAUCCCACUGGAAAGUUCCAGAAGCCAGAGCUCAGCUUAACACCAGCCACACUCCAGGCAGCAAGGUUGUCUUUCCCUAUUGGCUACAGCUGACCAGUCACAUGUGUCGACAAUAAACUUGUUCUGGUCUCGCU